CGUAAGCGCCGUCACGUUGGCGCCGGAGUCCUUAUAGUCGUUACCAGCUCGGAUGCAGCUGUGACCGUUUCCUGACUGGAGCAAAUAAUAUACGAGCAGGGCGGUUCUGAAAGGAGGCGCCAUGGUGCUGAAUCCCGUCAUUUCCAAGCUCGCCGGAAAACUGGUGGUGCUGGCAAGUGCUUCUCCCAGAAGACUGGAGAUCCUCAGUAACGCGGGCCUACGGUUUGAAGUGGUGCCGUCCUGGUUCAAAGAAACCCUCGACAAAGGACUCUUCAAAGCACCUCAGGAGUACGCUGUAGAGACGGCCAAGCAGAAGGCCCUGGAGGUGGCCAGGAGGAUGCCCUUUAAGCAUCUGAAGACUCCAGACAUGGUAAUCGGAGCCGACACUAUUGUGACUGUAGAUGGCAUGAUUCUGGAGAAGCCGGCGGACAAAGACGAUGCCUACAGGAUGCUGUCGAGCUUGAAUGGCAAAGAGCACAGCGUGGUGACUGGUGUAGCUAUUGUCCUCUGCCAUGAGAAAGACAACGAAGAAGUGGAUUACCAGUCGAUUGAAUUCUAUGAAGAAACGAAGGUGAAGUUCGCUGAUCUCUCCGAUAAUAUGCUGUGGGAGUACAUCAAUAGCGGUGAACCCAUGGACAAGGCUGGAGGCUACGGUAUCCAGGCCCUGGGCGGGAUGCUGGUGGAGUACGUACAUGGAGACUUCCUCAAUGUUGUGGGUUUCCCUCUCAACCACUUCUGCAAACAGCUGGACCGUAUUUACAACCGAUGCGCUUCGUCCUCGGACGUAGAGAGCACGUCCCUCUGGCCGAGCCACGCUUCCUCUGUGCUCACGCCGGCCCCGGGCAAUCUCAGCGACUGUGACAAUGCAGCGCUACCGCCAACGACCAGCAGGGGGCGAGGGGCCGAGCGCAACGCGACAAAGCAAGACGCCAUUGAGCCGAAAAAAGAAGACCUACAGCAAAUCGUCGAUCUGAUUGAUGGCUUCAAAGCCUCAAAGGCACUGUUUACGGCAUCGGAGAUGUGUGUGUUUGACCUGCUACACAGCCGGCCUGGACUGGAUGCCGCGCAGGUGGCCCUGCAGAUCAAAGCCUCUGUGAAGGGCACCGAGUGCCUGCUGGAAGCCUGCGUGUCUCUGGGACUGUUGAGGAGCAAAGAGAGAACGCGCCAGAAGCCGGUGUUCGAGAACACGAGUCUGGCCGCUGCCUUUCUGCUGACGGACGCUCCGCACUCGCUGCGCGCUUACAUCCGCUACUGCAACGAGGCCGUGAUGCCUCUCUUCUCCCACCUCGAGAGCGCCGUGAGCGAGGGGUCCAGCCAGCGGGAGAAGUUAUUUGGAAAGACGUCCAAGGACACUUCCUCCAACAGUCAAGAAGUCAAACUGAGAUUCUUGGACGCCAUGCACAGCAUCGCUAAAGUUACAGCACUAGCUGUAGCAACGGCCUUUGACCUCUCCGGGUUUAAAAGUGCUUGCGACCUCGGAGGAUGCACUGGGGCCGUCGCCUAUGAGUUUACCAAAGCCCAUCCCGGGAUGUCUGUGACCGUGUUUGACUUGCCAGCGGUGGUUGAGAUGAGCGAUCGUUUCCAUCCUUUGCACGCAGACAACAGGGUGUCAUUCCUCGCAGGAGACUUCUUUAAAGACGAGCUGCCCAAAGCAGACCUGUACGUCCUUAGCAGGAUUCUCCACGACUGGUCCGAUGAGAAAGUGCAUAUUCUGCUAAGUAAAGUCGCAGAUGUUUGCACACCAGGUUGCGGGCUCCUGCUCAGUGAGAUCUUCCUGGAUGAAGACCGAGGCGGCCCGCGGUGCUGCCUGCUGCACGCCCUCAGCAUGAGCGAGGGCAGGCAGAGGAGCGCGGCGGAGUACGCCGUGCUUCUGGAGCGCCACGGCUUCGCAACGGCACACAUCGCGCACACGGACAGCAUCCUGGGUGCCAUGCUGUGCAUCAAAGCGUGACCCCCCCCCCCCGACACUCUGUUCAAGGCCCCGGGGGACACUGCACGCUACCCCAAAUUGUCCUGCGGCGGGAGCGUGCGAGACAGAUGUGCGUCACGAAUCAGACGGCCCGGCGCAGGUUCCCAUCGAGCACGGCUCCGAGACGUGCACAUCCGUGCAGCGCGCGGCCCCCUUGCAGCGCCCCGGCUCUUUGUCUCUUUGUGUACGAGCAACAACAGCAAACCUCCGCAAGGCCCCUUUUUCUCUUUUCUUUUUUCUUCUCUUCUAAUGAAAACCAUUCAAGUCAAUCAAGUUUACCAGAGACCAAAGGCCGGUGUAAUUUAGGGAAAAUUGCUUGAAACUCCAAAGUAAUCUUGUGUAAUGCGAUCUUGCCCGCGGAGACAGCGGCCGUACUGUAACGUGUCGGAUAAGAGCUCAGUCACUCUCUGCAGACGCAGCGCUGACGUCCACCUGCAAGCAAUCAGCGAUCUCCUGUUAAGGGCUUUGAUAUUAAAAUGAGUGAUUUAAGAGCGAGGAGAUAGCGACUAGAAAGCACUUCCAUGUGUCGAUAGCGGGGAUAAGCUGGCUUUCUGGGGUUUGAGUCACAGCCACAGUGUUUUGUGUGAGAAAGCAGGACGUGUUUGAACAAGAAUGAUGUAAUGACGACCUGUUGGAUAAUGAAGAGGCCGACGUUUUAUAAGAUUAAACGUGUGGACCUUCUUACGACGGGGACUUGUACCUCAUUGCAACUUCUAGUUUCACCAUUUGGGGGCAUCAUUGUCUCAAAGAAAAUAAAAACCUCCCCCCUCCGAAGGCUGA